GGCUGGAGUCGUGCUGGUAAUUUGCAUAGUAGCCGUGUGAGUCUAGUAGGAAGUUGUCCGGGUGCGCUGUCACUGAUCCAGUAUGGGGGGUACUGAGCCAAUCUACCGGGCUCUGAUCGGCCUGUCUGUACUUAUCACCGGUGUAUGGGGGCUGCGAGUGAUCAGGCAGGGGGACAACUGCUCCCAGACGGGUAUCCAGUGCACCAUAAAGACCAACAAUUCCUGCCUCGACUUUGACUGGUUUCGGGACUACACUUGGACUCCGGCCGCCCCGUCCCAUAUGGUAGUUACAGCGGGGAUUGGCCAGAAUGAGAUGGGUCGUAGAGUGGUGCGUCUUCAUAUAAACUGGACUGUCAGUGUUGAUGCCAGCAUCCUGGAGCUCCAAGGGGUGGACAUCACCGUACUAAAACGCUCCACCCAAAUGACUCGCUGCGUCCAAUUCCAGUUCAAUAACCAAUUCGGGACACCGCGCAAUCCAGAUGGGCAGCCGUGGCAGUUUUUCUACAACAACUUUGAAGUAAUUCCAGGCAAUACCUACAUUGUGACCGUGCAGCACCUACCCAGACAAGAAGGAAAUAAUGCCAAGGUGCAGGAAUUCACUGUGCCAUGGUGUAAUGAAGGUGACAUGAUGCAGACAGACACAUGCUGUGAUCUAGGGUAUUGUUGGUCACCAAAUAUUACUAUAAAGCAUCAAGAGGAAAACCUAACUGUUGAAUUCAACUCACGGUGGAACGCCAAGGAAUAUGGAGUACAUGUUAAAGUCAGAGGUUCAUUAGAUACGGGAUCUGGACAUGUUAUUAUCAAAGAGGGCCCACCUAUUCAACGCUUACAAAUUACUUUCCCUCAUAUUGGGGGUCACAUAGAUAAGGAAUGCGUGUAUAACAUUUCGGUGUGGCCUUACAUGUCACCUUGUAAUAAUGACUGUGUACGUCAGACCUACGUGCCUCCGUGUGCUACGGAAACACCACCCCCUCCAGAACCGAUAGAACGCUGGUACUUGUGGUCUGUUGCCGUCCUGCUGACUAUUCUAUUGUUUGCCGGCAUUUUCUUGGGGUUAUGCGCUAAAGAUUGCUUCACCUCUCCAGAGAAAGUCAAACCAGAUCCAUGGUAUAGACCCAUUCCUGAUCCAACCAUAAAGAAGGUGUGGUUGGUGUACUCUGCAGAUCAUGGACACUACAUUAAAGUGGUGAUCGGGCUGGCCGAUUUUAUGCGAUCAGCGUGGGGCUUGGAUGUGGUACUAGACCGCCUUCAUGUUCUUGAAAUGAGCACGAUUGGUCCCAUGGCUUGGUUGGACCGCCAAAAAGACGCCAUAGAGAAAACAAAUGGAACAAUUCUAAUCCUUUGUUCCAGAGGCGUGCAAGAGAAGUGGAAGGCAAUGCAGAAUGUUAAGGAGCAAAAGAUGACUUUAAGGGAGGACAGAGACCAUCCAAUAGAGGACCUCUUCACCCCUGCCCUAUCACUUAUUCUCCCAGACUUCCAGAAAGCAAUGCCCUAUGAUCGCUAUGUGGUAGCAUACUUCAGCAGCAUCUCCACUCCAGCAGACAUACCCUCACCGUUGGAAUUGUGCCCAAAAUAUUCAUUGACUGAAAACCUGCAAGGACUUUUCUUCCGGAUCCAGAGACAAGAGCAACACCAACCAUAUGUACAGCUAACUGUCAACCAUGAGGAACAUAGAAGCUACCAACGUUUAGUAAAGGCGAUAGAGGGGUGCAGGAAAUGGCAGGAAUGUAACUUGCAUUGGUUUGAGAAAGAGUGUUUGUUGAUGCCGACUGAGGACACAGAAGACACAGAGGAGGAAGAGGAUAUGGAUGAUAACGUCACCCGCAAACUCUCCCCAUUGAUUCGUCGCCCUGAAACCUCAGUCUCUAUGUUGGAACCACGUAUUUUGAUUCCAGAUCUAGUAAAGGUUUUAGAUCCUACAAUUGUGAUUGGAGCUUCAAGCACUCAAGUUGAACCUUGCCUGUCUGAUAUAGAUCCAUUAGUGUCAGUUGUACAACCAUUCAUUCAAGAAGUAGCAUCAGCAGUAAUCUGCAUUCAAGAACCACGCUUGAUAGGAGAAGCUCCAUCGCUUGGAGAACUCAAUAAAGGUCUACUGAGACAAGAUGUUUCUAUCCAAUCGGACCAGGGUGUCCUGUCUAUAGAACAGCUCAGGGAAGCCCAAGAAAGGUUUUUCCAGAAUUCCUUGGAAGAUCCAAACUUGUCCUCUGCCAUGGAAUUUAUGGAUGCUCAAGGUCAAGAUUUGGUGAACCCCAUUUAUGAUAUGGCUAGAGAUCAGGCAGUUAAAGCUGGUGAGCAGUUCCAUGAGAUUUUGCUUGAUGGUCAGUUAAUUACCCCUGCAGUGGACCCUGGUACAGGUCUACCUGAUAGGCGAUCUAUACAACUUGCAGAUCAGGGAUACAGCACAUGGAACCCAUAUGAGAUGGACUUAAAAGCAAUACAAAUGGAGUCAUUAAAACUCUUUCUGCAAAAUGAGGGGGGCUUACAGAACUUUGAAGUAUGAAAAAAGGCUUGGGUAGUCAAUGAGGCCAGCUGAUGAAAUUUCACCUGUUCCGGAAGAAUGAAGGGGCCAUCACCUUUUAAAGGGGACAGUUUCAAACAUUUUAAAAGUGCCUAAAUUAACCUUUUGGAAUGUAGUGUUUAUAAAGAAGUAUUGAAACCA